UUAACUUAAAGAUCAACAGGACGCCAUUACUGAAGUCAGGCACUUAAUUUAACCAUGAACCCCCGUACCACUGCCCAGGACAUGAUGCGAUGUAACUUGUGUGAGAACGGUGUGGUACAGAUGCACUGUGAUACAUGUCUUGUCAACCUGUGCACAGCUUGCGUAGGAAAACACAUGAUAUCUGAUGAAUCCAAAGAUCACAAAGUCGUCAAAUUUCAGUUGAGGAAUUCUACCCCUCUCUACCCUGGAUGUACAUCUCAUUUCAAAGAACGAUGUAAAAUGUACUGUAAACAAUGUGACAUUCCUGUCUGUAUAAGUUGCAUUGAAUCCAAUCAACAUUUGGGUCAUGAAUUAUCUAAUAUCUUAAGCAUUUUGGAUGAAAGAAAGGACAUGCUUACAAAAGAAGGACAUGAACUAAAUGAAACAAUUUAUCCAACCUACCAGGACAUUGCCUCUGAUGUACAAAACAGAAUGAGUCAGUUAGAAAAGGAAUAUGGAGUUCUCUCAACAGCCAUAACAAAACAUGGAGAGGACUGGCACAGAGAAAUUGACAAACUUGUCAAGAAACUUAAAGCUGAAGUUGAUGAGAUGAAAAACACACAGUUACAAACUCUACAGAAACAUCUGGAUGAAAUAAACAAGACAAUGUCUGACAUCAAGGAUGAAAUUGAUUCAGUUGAAAUGGCUAUAGACACUAAUGACUUGUCAAAACUCUUUGGGGUCAGAUCAAAUGCACAAAGAUACAGAAAUCUUCCAUAAAAGAAAGUGCUAUCUUAACCCAAAUUCAUCCCAGGAAAAAUCCACGGAGGGAUGUUUGGAUCUUUAUCAUCAAGUUCUUUAACUUCAGAUAAACAUGGCUACAGCAUGAAGACGACACUGAAAUCACCAGAAGCUGGAUCCUCUCCUCCAGUCAAACAGCUGCUUGAUGAACCAGAGACUGUCACCACCAUAGACACUGGGUAUAGAAGCCUUUACAGUGUGGCCUGUCUGAGUGAUCAAGAAAUCUGGACAAGUGGAGAAGACAGCACCAUGAAACUCUACAGCAUCAAUCAGGGAUCACUGCUCAAGUCAAUCAGAACAAGGUCAGGGUUCAUACCAUGGGACAUAGCAGUGACAAAAAGUGGAGAUCUAGUUUAUACUGAUUACUACAAGGAUAGAACUGUGAACAUUUUGAAGAGUGAGAAGUUAGAGGAGUUGAUCAGCCUACAGGAAUGGGAACCUCGCAAUGUCAAUAGUACCUCCUCUGGUGACCUCCUGGUUAUCAUGUACAGUGAUGAUAGAAAACAAACAAAAGUUGUUCGUUACUCUGGCUCCACAGAGAAACAAACCAUCCAGUUUGAUGAUAAAGGUAAACCUCUCUAUUCAUCUGAUUCCUAUAACAGAUACAUAACUGAGAACAGGAACCUGGAUAUAUGUGUGUCUGAAAAUAAAGCUAAAGCAGUAGUGGUGGUUAAUCAGGCUGGAAAACUGAGAUUCAGGUACACUGGACAUACUCCUGCUCCAAAAAACAAACCAUUCAGUCCACGAGGAAUUACCACAGACAGUCAGAGUCACAUCCUUACAGCUGAUAAUGAGAAUGAGUGUGUCCACAUCAUAGACCAGGAUGGACAGUUCCUCCGUUACAUAGACUGUGGACUGAGUCCUUGGGGAUUGUGUACGGAUACAAAUGACAAUCUGUUUGUUGCUCAAAAUAGAAAAGUGAAGAAAAUCAAAUUUCUGAAGUGA